GCCCGGGCCGCGGCGCCGCCGACGGCCCGGCGCGCGGCCGCGGCCGCGCGGACUCCAUGGGCGACGAGCCCGAGUUCAACGCCAUGGUCGACGAGAUGAUCAAGAAGUUGCUCGACCACCAGAAGGGCCCGGUGCACCCGCGGCGGUCGGGGCCGAUGGGGCUCGGGGGAUUGAGCGGGAGGCAGGCCGCCUGCGUGCCCCAGAAGGACGUCAUGGCUUUAUUAAGGAAGAUGAAGGAGGUCUUCCUGGCCCAGCCCAUGUUACUUGAGUUAACAGCACCCUUGAAGAUCGUGGGCGACAUCCAUGGGCAGUAUAAAGACCUGCUGAGGCUCUUCGAGGAGUGCGGCUGGCCGCGGGAUGUCCAUUAUUUAUUUUUGGGUGAUUACGUCGAUAGAGGACCGUCGGGGUUGGAGGCCGUCCUCUUGUUAUUGUGCUAUAAGGCCAAGCAUCGGGACACGUUUUUCAUGUUGCGGGGCAACCACGAGUGCGCGGCGAUCAAUAGGAUCUACGGGUUCUGCGACGAGUGCAAGCGGGCCUACGGCUUGAAAAUAUGGAAGCAGUUCAAUGAUGUGUUCAACUGCAUGCCCGUGGCCGCGGUUGUGGACGACAAGAUCUUCUGCGUCCAUGGCGGGUUGUCUCCGGAAUUGAGGACCUUUGAUCAAAUAACAUCACUAAGGAGACCGACGGACGUGCCCGACGCGGGCAUGAUGUGCGACUUCCUCUGGGCGGACCCCGAGCCCCACACGAAGGGCUGGGCGGAGAGCGAACGGGGCGUGUCGUACACGUUCGGGCCCGACGUGGUGGAGAAGUUCCUGAAGCAGCACGACUUGGAUUUAUUAGUAAGAGCGCACCAGGUCGUCGAGGACGGCUACGAGUUCUUCGCGUCGCGCCAGCUCGUGACGUUGUUUUCGGCGCCGAACUACUGCGGCGAGUUCGACAACGCGGGCGCGAUCAUGUCCAUCGACGAGACGCUCAUGUGCAGCUUCCACAUCCUGAAGCCGGCGGUAGCCAUCGACACGCUGAGCCCGGCGCAGGACCGCCGGCCGACGGGGCUCAUGGGCGGCGGCGCGCGACGGCCCGCGACGCCCAUGCCGCCGCCGGGCAAACGCUAGCUAUAUAUCCCGCCCCCCCAAAACCAACACUCGACUCGCUUCCGCUUAUCGGACGGGCACGGCGCCCCUCUGAAGUAACCGCACAUGAGAUUUUA